AUGUGUACCCAAACCUCACAAUUCGCGUUGUUACUGUCACACACACCCCUUGUCCCCACAGUGCCGGUGCAGGGUGUGUUGAAGCUCAUGAACCAGCUGGACCACUUUCAGAGUGUGGACAAGCAGCAACUGCUGGAGACGGAGGGCUACAAGGUGUGGCGUGACAUAGUCUCUGGUCGUGCACUAGAGCACCCUGAGCUGCUCAAUCGCUCGCUGCUACUGGCGUACAUCGAUCUCAAGAAGUUCCUGUACUACUUCUGGUUCGCCUUCCCCGCUCUGUCGCUGAAGUAUGAGAUGGACAGGCCAGGGAUUCCACUGAGUGCCCACAGAUCACAGACGUACGUAGACCACAUGUUGGCCACACAUGUGCGCCAAGGGAGACCCGCCUUCUUCUGCAUUGUGGACACAGACGGAUUGGAUCCGGAUGCUGACGGUGAAGUAGUUGAACUCAAGGCCUGGGAGGCGGCUGUGGACAAACCCAACCGCAGACUGACCGUAGGGUUUUUGGACCCAUCCACACACCCACAGCACCCAGGGUGGCCGCUGCGUAAUCUGUUGGCGUUAGUACGGUUUCACACACAUGCGCGAGUGGAUGUGAUAGACGUGGUGUGUCUGAGGAAGAACUUCCGCAACGGACAGGCAAGCACAGAGAGAAGCAUUGCGUUUAAACUUGGCCACCAGGUGGCAGUACAGAUGGCAAUGCCCAAAAUAGUAGGGUGGGAACGGAACGUCAAGGGCAAAUUAGGCCCUCGUGUGGUGAAUUUGGGUGCAAGCAUGGACCCCCGAACGCUGGCCGAGUCGGCGAUUGAUCUGAAUCUGUCGCUGAUGAAGUGGCGCAUAUUGCCUGGGUUGGACUUGGAUGUGAUUAAAGAUACAAAGUGUUUACUGCUAGGAGCAGGGACGCUCGGGUGCAAUGUGGCUAGAUGCCUUAUGGGAUGGGGUGUGCGGCACAUUACCUUUGUGGACAAUGGCUACGUCUCUUACUCGAAUCCGGCGAGGCAGAGUCUGUUCUCAUUCAAAGACUGUAUUGGUGGCGGAACAGAGAAAGCCAUAGCCGCAGCCGCUAAUUUGGCCGAGAUAUUCCCUGGUAUGGUCACAGAGGGUCAUCACAUGAGCAUACCUAUGCCAGGCCACUCCGUGGCUCAGUCCGAAGAAGCGGAAAUUAGACAGACGGUGGAUAAGCUCAGCGAUCUCAUAGCCGCUCACGAUGUGGUGUACUUGUUAAUGGACACGCGAGAGAGCAGGUGGCUGCCCACUCUACUGUGCCAAUCCAUGAACAAGCUUGCGCUUAAUGCGGCUCUAGGCUUUGACCAGUAUAUGGUGAUGAGACACGGCACUCAAAAAUCACAGGACGAUGUCAGACUGGGCUGCUAUUUCUGUAACGACGUAGUGGCACCUGCAAAUUCCACAAAGGAUCGUACGCUCGAUCAACAAUGCACAGUCACCCGUCCUGGUCUUUCGUUCAUGGCGUCCGCUCUGGCGACUGAGCUGAUGGUGUCUGUGCUACAGCACCCACUCAAGUGA